AUGAACAUAAUGCAACUGAAACACGAAGAAUUUGAUACGCCACAAUGCAGUCGCGAGAACAAUUGCUUGACAGUACCAAACGCGUAUUGUGCUCGAGUUGAUGACACGCAUCAGUAUUGCCAAUGUAUUACCGGCUUCGAAGGCGAUGCUAUUCCUGGAGGACCACCAUGCAUACGAAUUGAUUUCUGUGUGAAGGCAUUACAAGCGCUUGACUUUGGUCAAGAGGUGUGUACGGCUAACGAAAUUUGCGUCAACGAUAAACUCAGAUAUCACUGUGAAUGUAAGCCAGGUUUCGAACGUCUCAAUCAAGGCGAGGAUUGCACAGAUAUUGACGAAUGCUUGAUUGGAUUCGGACAAUGUGGACUAACGUUUAUAUGUGUGAAUACUAUUGGAAGCUAUUCGUGCCAAUGUCCACCGGGUUAUCUUCUGAAUGCGAAUGGAACUCUGUGUGUGGAUAUUGAUGAAUGCCUUCAAAACUUGAACAAUUGCACGCAACCAUCACAACGCUGUAUCAAUUUACCGGGCAGUUUCCAGUGUGAGUGCAACUCACCAGCAUUCAUUAGCACUGUGAAUGGAUGUGUUGAUAAUGAUGAAUGCCUGAGUUAUCAAUUCAACUGUCCAGAAUACUCGACUUGUUUGAAUACAUUAGGCAGUUAUAAGUGUGCGUGCGAUCAAGGUUUUAGACCAGAAAUCCGUGGCGAUAUUAUUGUUCGAUGUGUGGACAUAAACGAAUGUGAGGAACAACCUGAUGCUUGUCCUCGAAGUGCAAAAUGUAAGAAUCGCAUUGGAUCAUACGAAUGUGAGUGUAUGCCUCCGUCGAUUCAGCACGGUCUUCGUGAUUGUGUUGUCAAUACGUCGUGUCCGAACGAAUGUAGCGAACAUGCGUACUGCUUGAAGAGCGAACGACCUGACGGUGCUGUCUAUAACUGUACCUGUGAUGUGGGUUAUGCCGGUGAUGGAGCCAUCGCAUGUCUA